ACCGUUUUUUUUGGAGGGGCGACUUUUUUGGGGGUGCUGACCGUCUCGUGUGUGCGCUAGCCUAGGAUCUCUGGAGAACAUAUGACAGAGGGAACAAACUGUGGAGUAUAGUCUGUCGAAUUGAUUUGAGUUGGUUCCUUGCAGAUCGCCUUUCUACCCCACCAUCACUCAAGAAUCUCGCCCUCCGUCGAUAGCUGUCGUAUGUUGCGCUCGCCGUUCUCUCAGCAGCAGCAGGUCAGUGUUGGAUGGAGAAGGCAGAAGGGGGAAUGAGCCAGACCGGAGCCUAACGCAUUUUUCAUCCAUUGACCGUCUUGUUGCGCUGGACUUCUUUUGUUGGGAAUGGGGAGUAUUGAUUCACUGGAGGGCUGCAGAAUUUAUCUAUAAAGGAUGUGGCCAAGUAUGUUGGAAAAAUAGCCAUAGCUUCCGCAGUGUAAGGCCAAAUGACAUAGGAUGAAGGCUGUUCGUAACCUGUUGAUUUACAUAUUUUCCACCUAUCUUCUGGUUAUGUUUGGAUUAACUGGUGCCCAAGAUUAUUGGUGUUCCACUCUGAUCAAGGGGGUCAUAUAUGGAUCCUACUCGGUGACUGAGAUGUUUCCCAAGAACUACACAAACUGUACUUGGACCCUGGAAAACCCGGACCCUACCAAAUACAGCAUCUACCUGAAACUGUACAAGAGGGACCUGAGCUGCUCAGAGUUCUCCCUGCUCACCUACCAGUUUGACCACUACUCCCACGAGAAGAUCAACGAGCUGCUGAAAGUCAACGAGUCCAUCGUGUACCUGUGCGACUCCAAGAACAGCUACGUUUUUUUGCUGUACGACAAAAACUUCGUCCAACUCCGCCGGGUCUUCCCCUACGACUACAACGGGCUGACGCCGCAGAAGUUGGAGGAGGAGAAGUCAGUGGUAGAGUUCCUGGUUGUGAACAAGGCCAGCCCCAGCCAGUUCGGGUGUCAGGUGCUCUGCACGUGGCUGGAGAACUGCCUCAAGUCGGACAAGGGCAGCGUGGAGACAUGCGGGAUCGAGUACUCCAAGUGCACCUGCCCCCAGCACUUGGGGGACGGGGAGUCGGAGAGCAUGCUCAUGCUCAACAACGUGGUAUUACCCCUGAACUCCCAGACUGAGGGCUGCCUGUCGCCGCAACUGCAGGCCGGGCAGGUGUGCAAUCUCAGUGCGGAGGUGAAGCGUCCACCGAAAGAAGAGUAUGGCAUGAUGGGAGAGCAUACUGUAAAAAGUCAGCGGCCGCGGUCAGUUCAUGACACAAAGGCCCUGCAGGAGCAAGCUGAGUCGGCUAAAUUUAUGGCACAAACUGGUGAAUCAGGUGCAGAGGAGUGGUCCCAGUGGAGCUCAUGCUCUGUAUCUUGCAGUCAGGGGUCGCAGGUGCGAACCAGAACGUGUGUGACACCGUACGGAACGCACUGCACCGGCCCUUUAAGAGAGUCAAGGGUUUGCAAUAGCACGGCCCCCUGCCCAGUACACGGUGUGUGGGAGGAAUGGUCCCCCUGGAGCUUGUGUUCGUUCACGUGCGGGCGGGGCCAUCGUACCCGCACUAGGAUGUGUGCUCCCCCGUUGCACGGCGGACGCGCGUGCGACGGACCCGAGACCCAGAGCAAGCUCUGUAACAUCGCUCUGUGCCCAGUGGACGGGCAGUGGCAGGAGUGGAGCACUUGGAGCGAUUGCUCCGUGACCUGUGCCAACGGCACUCAGCAGAGGACCAGGCAGUGUUCUGCGGCGGCCCACGGGGGAUCCGAGUGCCGGGGUCACUGGGCAGAGAGCAGGGAGUGCUAUAAUCCUGAUUGCACAGCCAACGGUCAGUGGAACCUCUGGGGCCCCUGGAGCGGCUGUUCCAAGUCGUGUGACGGCGGCUGGCAGCGGAGGGCCCGUGUGUGCCAGGGGGCCGCCACCACGGGCCAGCAGUGCGACGGCUCGGGAGAGGAGGUCCGCAAGUGCAGCGACCAGCGGUGCCCAGCGCCCUACGAGAUCUGCCCCGAGGACUAUGCAGUCUCCAUGGUGUGGAGACGAACGCCUUCGGGGGAGCUGGCCUUCAACAGAUGCCCCCCCAACGCCACAGGUAAGAGAGAGAAGCUCCAGGCCCACGCGACGCAUAACCCUAUAGACGGAGCUGCUAUUGUUCAGGGGCACCUUGCCAAGGGCCAGAGGAUGCUGGCCGGGGACGGCAUGUCCCAGGUCACCAAGAACCUGCUGGACCUCACCCAGCGGCGCAGCUUCUACGCCGGCGACCUACUCUCCUCCGUGGAGAUCCUGCGCAACGUCACCGAGACCUUCAGGCGGGCCCACUACGAGCCCUCCUCCGACGACGUGCAGAAUUUCUUUCAAAUCAUCAGCAACCUUCUGGAGGAGGAGAACAAGGAGAAAUGGGAGGACGCCCAACAGAUUUACCCGGGCGCGGUGGAGCUAAUGCAGGUCAUAGAGGAAUUCAUCCACAUCGUCGGACUGGGAAUGAAGGAUUUCCACAACGCCUAUUUGAUGACGGGGAACUUGGUCGCCAGCAUCCAGAGACUUCCUGCGGUAUCGGUGAUGACCGACAUCAACUUCCCCAUGAAGGGUCGUAAAGGCAUGGUCGACUGGGCCAGGAACUCUGAAGAUAAAGUGGUGAUCCCAAAGGGCCUCUUUGUUUCGCCGUCAGCAGGAGACAUGGAAGGAUCCCCGGUCUUUAUUUUAGGAACAGUCCUUUACAAGACCCUCGGACUCAUGCUGCCUUCACCAAAGAACCACACGGUUGUGAACUCCAAGAUAAUUGCGGUGACCGUGAGGCCGGAGCCCAGAGUCACAAGCACUCACUUGGAAAUCGAGCUCGCACAUCUGGCAAACGGGACCUUCAAUCCGUACUGUGCAUUAUGGGAUAGCAGCAUCAUGAACGACUCUUGGGGAACCUGGUCCUCAAAAGGAUGUAAAACGGUGCUCACAGAUGCAUCCCAUACGAAAUGCUUAUGUGAUCGUGUAUCUACCUUCGCCAUUUUGGCUCAGCAACCAAGAGAAAUAGCCAUGGAGUACUCGGGGGUCCCAUCUGUAACACUGAUAGUUGGCUGCGGUCUGUCCUGCCUUGCCUUGAUCACACUGGCAGUGAUCUAUGCCGUCCUUUGGAGAUAUAUUCGUUCUGAACGAUCUAUCAUCCUUAUCAACUUCUGCCUGUCCAUAAUCUGCUCAAACAUAUUGAUCCUCGUCGGACAAACACAGACUCACAAUGCGGGCGUGUGCACGAUGACCACGGCCUUCCUGCACUUCUUCUUCCUGGCGUCGUUCUGCUGGGUGCUGACUGAGGCGUGGCAGUCCUACAUGGCCGUGACGGGCAAGGUCCGGACCCGGCUCAUACGCAAGCGCUUCCUCUGCCUGGGCUGGGGAUUACCGGCCUUGGUUGUCGCAGUCUCGAUGGGAUUCACUAAAGCGAAGGGCUAUGGGACCCCCCAAUACUGCUGGCUGUCUCUGGAAGGGGGUCUCUUGUACGCCUUCGUGGGGCCCGCGGCCGCCGUGGUUCUGGUCAACAUGGUGAUCGGCAUACUGGUGUUUAAUAAACUGGUGUCCAGAGAUGGCAUCCUGGACAAGAAACUGAAGCACCGGGCAGGACAGAUGAGCGAGCCGCACACGGGCCUCACGCUGAAGUGCGCCAAGUGCGGCGUGGUGUCGACCACGGCGCUCUCCGCCACUACCGCCAGCAACGCCAUGGCGUCUCUGUGGAGUUCCUGCGUGGUGCUGCCCCUGCUGGCGCUCACCUGGAUGUCGGCGGUGCUCGCCAUGACGGACAAGCGCUCCAUCCUGUUCCAGAUCCUCUUCGCCGUGUUCGACUCUCUGCAGGGCCUGGUCAUCGUCAUGGUCCACUGCAUCCUGCGCAGAGAGGUACAAGAUGCGUUCAGGUGUCGUCUUCGAAACUGCCAGGAUCCGAUGAACGCCGACGCCACCGGAACCUUCCCCAACGGGCACGCUCAGAUUAUGACGGACUUUGAGAAGGACGUGGACAUCGCCUGCCGAUCAGCGCUCCACAAAGACAUGGGCUCGUGCCGCGCGGCCACUAUCACGGGCACGCUGUCCCGCAUCUCCCUGAACGACGAGGAGGAGGAGGAGCAGCAGCAGAAGGCCUCCGAGGGCCUCAACUACUCCACGCUGCCGGGCAACAUCAUGUCCAAGGUCAUCAUCCAGCCCUCGGCGCUGCACAUGCCCAUGGGCGUGGGCAUGGCCGGCGGCGAGCUGGGCGACGGCGGCGGCAUCGGCCUCGGCGGCAUCGGCGGAGACAUGCGCCGCGCCGUCUACCUGUGCACGGACGACGCCAUGCGCCACGGCGAGCAGGACAUGAGCGGCCGCGACAUGGACGGCCAGAUGAUGGAGACGGACUAUAUCGUGAUGCCGCGGGCGGGGGGCGGCGGCGGCGGCGGCGGCGGCGGGGGCGGAGCCUCGGUGGGCAACGUGCCCACGCUGCUGAAGGACGACUGUAAGAUGGGCAUGGGCAUGGAGACGCUGUCCCACGACCGGCUCAUGCACUACAAGAUGAGCCCCGACUUUGGCGGCAUGAGCGCGGCGGCCAUGGAGCACCUGGGCCUCGGGCUGGAGCAGCAGCAGCAGCAGCAGCAGCAGCAGUACCCCGGGCCCCCGGAGCACAUGCAGACCCUGCCCUUCGAGCCGCGCACCGCCGUCAAGAACUUCCUGGCGGAGAUGGAGGAGAGCGGCGGGCUGUCGCGCAGCGAGACGGGCUCCACCAUCUCCAUGAGCUCCCUGGAGAGAAGGAAGUCUCGGUACUCGGACCUGGACUUUGAGAAAGUCAUGCACACCAGGAAAAGACACAUGGAGCUGUUCCAGGAACUGAAUCAGAAAUUUCAAACCCUGGACCGAUUUCGAGACAUACCAAAUAUGGGCAGCAUGGACACCAAGACAAUGCCAAACAAGAACCCGUGGGAGAGCUACAACCCGGCCUGCGAGUACCAGAACUACGCCACCAUGAGUGUCCUGGAGCCCGGCGCUAAGGCCUCCCUGGAGAUGACUGCGGCCGAGUGGGAGAAGUGUGUGAACCUGCCCCUGGAGGUCCAAGAGGGGGACUUCCAGACGGAGGUCUAG